GGGAACCCAAGCAGACGUAAUCAGCUGUUCCCCAUGGCAUCUGGUAACCAGACCGCUGUGACCCUCUUCAUCCUGCAGAGCUUCACCGACGACCCCUGGCUCCGGGCUGCCCUCUUCUGCCUCUUCUUGGCCCUGUUUGCUGUGGCCCUAGCUGGCAAUGGGCUGAUUAUUGCUGCCAUCCACUGCAGCCCCAACCUCCACACCCCCAUGUACUUCUUCCUGGUCAACCUGGCCAUGCUGGACAUGAUCUGCACCCUGUCCAUCCUCCCCAAGGUCCUGCAGAGCCUGGUCGGUGAGAGCACCAUCACCUUCUGGGGCUGCUUCAGCCAGAUGUUCUUCUUCACCUGGUUGCUGAGCUCAGAGCUGCUUCUCUUCACCGCCAUGGCCUACGACCGCUACCUGGCCAUCUGCCGCCCUCUGCAUUAUGGCGCCCUGAUGAGCAUGAGGGUCUGCCUCACCCUGGCCGUCUUUGUGUGGUCCACAGGGACACUCACUGCCUUCGUGCUCACAGGCCUGGUGCUGCGUCUGUCCUUCUGCGGCCCCCAGCUAAUUGCACACUUCUUCUGUGAGAUCCCACCGGUGCUGCUGCUCUCCUGCAGCCCGACUUUCAUUAACGAUGUGAUGACCAUCAUUGCUGACAUGUUCCUCUCCGGGAUGAACUUCCUGCUCACCAUGUCUUCUUACGGCUUCAUCAUCGCCAGCAUCCUGCGUAUCCGCUCAGCGGAGGGCAAGAGGAGGGCCUUCUCCACCUGCUCCUCCCACCUCGUGGUGGUCUCUGUGUACUACUCCACCGUGCUCUACACCUACAUCCGCCCGGGCCUGGGGUCUGCUGGGCUCCUGGACAAGGCUGUUGCCGUUCUGUAUACCAUUGUGACUCCCACUCUCAACCCCCUUAUUUACACCCUGAGAAACAAGGAAUUCAAAGCAUCCCUUAGAAAACUCUUGCUGUUCUUCACCAAGUGACUCGUGAAGAGGAUGCAAAAGGUCUGAACUUCAGAAGCAAUGGGACCACAGCCUGAGAAAUCCCACUCAAGUUUGUCCAAAGGGCUCCAUAUGUAGAAAGUGGUCACUCUUUGUACUUUAUUUAAAAGUGAUUCAUUAACCUUAAACGUUUGCUAAGCCUUGAGGCAAUGCUUGCACAAUAAUUUAAUAACCAUUUGCACAUUCAGUUCUCUUCACCAUUAAAAUAUUUCUUAGACUCAUUUAAUCAAAUCCCAUUGUU